CAUGUAUAUAAAGCAAAACCACUAAAUUUUACUCUCUUUGAACCUCGACACUGAACGUGGAAAGAGAAAAGGGGAUUAGGGUUGUAGGAAGCGCUAAUGGAUUUGACAGCGGAGAAGAAGGAAUCAGAGAGCAACAUGAACCAUAACUCCGAAAUCGCAGACUCUCCCUCUCAGCUUGCACCUGAUGCCAACAACUACUGUAACGAAGAAGCCGAAGAGCGACAAGCACGUGACCUCAAAGCUGGCCUUCACCCCUUAAAGCACAAAUUUGUAUUUUGGUACACGCGGCGAAGUCCAGGAGUUCGAACUCAAACAUCAUAUGAGGACAACAUAAAGAAAAUUGUUGAUUUCAGUACGGUUGAAGGAUUUUGGGUUUGCUAUUGCCAUCUUGCUCGUCCUUCUACUUUGCCUAGUCCAACAGAUCUGCACCUUUUCAAAGAAGGAAUUCGUCCUCUAUGGGAGGACUCUGCUAACUGCAAUGGUGGUAAAUGGAUUAUACGAUUCAAAAAGGUUGUCUCAGGUCGUUUUUGGGAAGACCUGGUUCUUGCCUUAGUUGGUGACCAAUUGGAUUAUGGGGAUAACAUAUGUGGUGCAGUACUAAGCAUUCGUUUCAAUGAGGAUAUAUUGAGUGUCUGGAAUCGCAAUGCAUCUGAUCAUCAGGCUGUAAUGGCUCUGAGAGAUUCAAUCAAGCGUCACUUGAAGCUUCCUCACAGCUAUGUUAUGGAGUACAAGCCCCAUGAUGCUUCUCUGCGUGACAAUUCAUCUUAUAGAAACACUUGGUUGAGAGGCUAGACACACUACUGUGUUCUUGUCAAUGUCCCUGCUGCGGGUACGUUGAUGUUGGGAGUUCAUGGGCUGGUUUGUCUUUUAAAUUCAAGUAGGACAGCAACAUUGACUGGAUCAUUUCUUUACUGGGGCUUCACUGAUUUUAUGCUAUGUAUCACAACUUGUAAAUAAUGUUGCUUCUGUUGCAUUUCACCAUGAUGCUGGAGAGAAGCAAGACUUCUUCAUGCAGAUGAUAGGCAUUUUUAGUUUAUGAACUUCGAGAAGUAUUAUGAGGGUCUAUCACUAAAUUUGGCUAUUUAACAUACGGAAAAAGAAAGCAGUAGAUGAGACUGGAGCGUCUUUGAUUUGCGUCA